AUGGCGGCUUUGGCCUCCGCAACCGCCACAGUCUCCUCCGUCGCCUUAAGACUCCCACCAUCUUCUUCUUCUCGCGUCUCUCUCGCAUCGGUUAAACUCCCUUUCUCAAACAAUGUCAAUUCCCUCAAACUCAAUUGGUCCGGUAGCAUUUCCGCUCCAAUUCUUCACCAAAACCAUUCCACUCUUACUUCUCCUCCUCGUUCUCUCACAAUCGUAUCCGCUAAAGGCUACAAAUUGAAAACUCACAAGGCUUCCGCCAAGCGAUUUAGGGUUACCGGUGCCGGUAAAAUUGUGCGGAGGAGAGCAGGGAAGCAACAUUUGCUAUACAAGAAAAAUAAAAAGAGGAAAUUGCGUCUCUCCAAAAUGGUCCAGGUCAACAGAAGUGACUAUGACAAUGUAAUUGGAGCAUUGCCGUAUCUGAAAGUAAACAGACAAGCUACAUAA